AUGAGACCUGGUACAGCCCCCGGACCUGAUUUUAUAUCAGCAGACUUUUUUCGGGCUGGCGGCCAUCCACUUCAUGUAAUUUUAGCAGCGCACAUGACAUCCUACCUUCAGAAAGAAAGGAUCCCAGACCAGUUGAAGGCCUCGCGAAACGUUCUUAUCCACAAGAAAGGAGACCGAGAAGACCUUCGGAACUACCGUCCGAUAUGCUUGCCGAGCGUGUUAUGCAUAGUAUUCACCAAAAUUAUCCUCACGCGCAUAUCUAGCACCCUGGAUGAAACCCAGUUUCGAGAACAAGCUGGAGUCUGUCAGAGGUUCAGCUGCUUGGACCACAUCCAGACCGUGUCGAGGGUCAUAGAGGUUUGCCGGGAAUACCGCUUGCCCCUUGUUCUAACCUUCGUCGACUAUGAGAAAACCAUCGACACCCUAGAAAUGAAUGCAAUACUGUCUACACCUACUGUUUAUCAAAGUGUGGACGUAUUUGAGGACAUUAGGCAAUUGCUACGAUCGAUCACCACUAAGAUACAGCUUUUCCACCGCCCCUCACCAUACCCAUUGAAAGGGGGAUACGACAAGGCGAUACUAUAUCGCUGA